AUGGCGACCCAUAACCCCGAGACCCACCCGCUUCCGAGCUGGGACCUUCUUGAUAUGCGAUGGCAUCUGACUCGCAUCGUUGCCAUGUGCUCCGCGGCCCGUUACAAGAAUAACGAGUGUGACUCCGAUGACUCGGACGAGAGCGACCCCGAAAUAGCUGUUGCGUCGCCUCGCGGAAAUGCCUCGCCUCGCGCAAAUGCACCGACUCGCGCAUAUAGAUCGACUCAUCGCCUCGGGACGUCCCAUCGAUCCUGGCUACCGAUUCAAAGAUGA